CUGACUCUGCUCUUCUCUCUGAUCAGUAUCAACACUUUGACAGGCAUCAGUAUCAUCAGAUAUAUCAAAGGCUCCGAGUCGCAUAAGGUCUCCUUCGUGAUUUGUACUGCCUUCAACUUGGCCUGGUCUCCCACCCCAUCCCCCACCCCGCCCGCCCAUGCAGUUAUCUCGAUGUGGUCUGCUUGUGGUUACAAUGUCCAGGUCAUCAUCAGUAGUUCUGUCUGCCUCAUCACCAUUUCUGCCAGCAUUUAUAUCCCCAUCAUCUACUUUGGCACGAGCCCCAAAUUCCGCACGAAUGUUCCAGCUCUCUUCUAUUGCUUGAAAGAAGAGAACAACACAAGCUUUGUUAAGCCAGUAAACCACAUCAAUGAAAGGAUGAAGACAGAUCCGCUUAACCAAGCUGACAAGCACCAGGUUCCUAAAGUCCCUGUAGCACCUACUAUGGCUGAGAACCCAGACUUGCCUGAGAUGCCUGCUUCAAAUACUAAUACCCCAAACAUUGGCCUAACCUCUGGUCAAUGUGAUCUGCACUUAUCAAGGAUGGAGGGUGAUUCCGACCUUUGAUCCAGAAAGUGUUAUUUUCAACUUGAGCUUGACUUUAAAAUCUGUGCAAGAUCUGUGAUAAUUGCAUUGUGUUUUAGAAUAAAUGGAAAAAGUAAUAUUU